CAGGAAUACCUACGACGGGAGGUCGUUCAGGACCUUCUUUCUUACGUCAGUUUUCGACAAGGAUGUCACAAAUUGGGUCUAGGAAGAUAAGAAGGUCGGCCUUGACUUGCGGCUCUUUCAAGGCUACGGAAGCGUUUGACGUGCGCGGGGAUGGCACCGAGCUUCGCAUGAUGACUGCGGAACAGUUCCUCAGUAGAACGAACGGCUACCUCGUCACUGGCUGCCUUCCUGUCGUUAAAAGUUCCUUGGAGCUCACCAAACCCUUGGUGAAAUUCAGCAGCCCGGCGGACCAACUGCCAGGCGUUGUUAAGGAGUACAGGGAAGCCUUCUCGAGGCUGCCUUUGGACCAGCAAGCCGACUGCGCUUUCGUGCCCUUUGUCACGAGCUCGAGGAAAUCGCGACAGAUGCCAUCCGCGCCGGUUGGGAAGAGGAAACAGUUGGCUGCUUGUCCAGCUCCGCCUUUGCCAGCCGCGUCGCCCUCGCCCUUGCCCACGGUGAGGGGAGGUCACGAUAUCGCUCAAUGUCCCAGCGAGGAAGAUGGGGGAAGCUGCGGUCCACGUGAAGACGACGGUGAUGACGAGUAUAUGGACUUUCGGGAUGAGAACAUGCGGGACCAAAACAUGCUUGGCGAUGACGACGUCGGUGUCACGUCGGAGCAUGGCCCUGGCGACAUCCCCACGGGUUCUGUGGGAGCGGCUGUUGGUCGGCCCUUGUCAUCCCCUGCGAUAUGGCAUUCGCAAGGCGGGAGUCAGGGUGGGCAUGACUCGCAGGAGCAGGGAGGAUCAAAGUCGAGGAAAAGGACAAGAGAAACUUCUCCUUCUGCUUCCACUCACAAGAGACAAGCGAGGACUGACGCUGUUAAUGAGGCUCGUGGAGCUCUGGUGGCAUCCCAAGAGGCGAGACCUCCUCGGAAGAGCAGCCAGGGGGGAAGAUCUGGCGGUCGUGGCGGCGCAAGAAAAGGUAAGCAGAUAGUGAGGGCAGAAGAACUGCGGGACUCAGGGGAUGAGGGCGAGGGAGUGGGCCCUUGCAUGCCCGACGAUGGUGAUGAACCGCUUCAGCACGCUGCGCCCAUCGACACGACGCGUUGUUUCUUCCUCGAGUACGACGAGCAGGGUUUUGCUAAGCAAAAAGUCCUUCCUGUUCUUGUGGACGUCAUGAAAAUCAAACGCAUUCCCCACGAGAAUAUUAUUUUCAACCACCGCUCUUUGUCUGCGAACAUUGUGCGAGGCAUCAUGAAUGCCAUCGAGAGUUCCAUCACCACGGAACCGGGGGCGUGGGAUAGGCCUGACCUCGUGCUUACGCCGGUUGACCGCAACGACAUCGUUGACGGGCAGGGUAGGCGGAUAACACCGACCGAAUUCUUAGAAAGAGACUCCUCGGAGUUCGAUUGGUAUGCUGUCAGUGGUCAGCAUACGGUCGAGGCCAUGAAGACAUUGGUAAAAAAAGGCUCUCCGGCAGUCGACGUCUAUGGCCUUCGCGCGUACUCUAAGGUGCGGGUCGUCUAUUUUGGAGAUGAGCAGACGCGAGGGUAUUUCAAUGUCUCCGCCUUCGACAACACGCGCAAAAAUUGGGCCAUGAUGUUGUCCUUCGAGGAUGCUGUCCGUGAUAUGAGGCAAUGGUGGAUCGAUAACCAUCAAAUCCAGGCCCCGAAAGGCAAGGUCAGCGAUAAGGAUGCGGUCAUCGUUGCGCACCAAAAGAAGUGGCAGAAUUUCUUAAGGGCCUCCAUGGGGAAGGCAUGCGACAAGGCUUUCGUGAAGCAAGCGCUCGAGAAUGAGUACAGUAAGGAUUGGAGCAAUAAACUCCGUGGCUACAUGAACCUCGCCACAUCCACCGAGGCUGUGUGGCCACUGGUCGAGAAGUUCUUCGAGAUGUUCAACGAGGGGAAGUUGCCAGUUGGCGAUGGUAAAAUACCGCUUGACAUGCCGGGUAGGAUGGAGGGGCGCCAGCCAGGUCCGUACACCGACGAGAGGAAGGGGCAAAAAACAUUAUACCAUUGCAUAUACGCGAGAGAUGGUCUCAAAGGCUCCACGGUGUCGUGGAAGGAUCUUUGUCCUUCCUACUUCAAAAAUUUUGGGGAUUUGACGUGCCGCGAGAGGGAAGUUGCACUGCUCCUCCUCAUGAAAGGGAAGGUGGUCGCGACGAACGUUAAGGUCAUGCCUCUGAGAGUGAAUACGGAGUGCCUCCUCGACAUCAUGCGCAAGGAACGGUACAUGGUCCGUAUGUUCAACUACGUUGUUUUUCGCGUCGAGGGAAGGGCGGACGAUGAGUGGAAUGAUGCCUUCUUCAUGUCAUACAAGGACCUUGAAGACAGGUAUGGGCCGAACGGUCUGUGUGCAGCUAAAUGGGAGAAGGAACGGGAUAAGCUGCAUGUCAGCAAAGUGAAGACGGUCCCUCGACGACUUGGAGGGGUGGAGGAGGCAAGGCAAGGAUCAGGCUUGGGCCCUACGGCGGCAAUGUAUAAGGAGGCUCCGUUCCACUUUAAGGUGUUUGUAUACACCUUAAUCGAUAAGCUCGAUUUGCUUCGGGCAGAGGUCAAACGGGUCGCCUCCAGUGCACGUCAUAUCAUGUGGGAUAAACUUAAAAAACAAACAACAUUGCUACCGGUGUGCAUGCCAUUGAAGGAAGCGCUGGCUGCGUCAGACGACAUCGUCGCUGCGGCGCAAAAAAUGACCUGCAGGGCCGUCAUCCUUGACAUCUCCCCCGCUAACUUCUCCACGACCUGGACCUCUCAAGAGUUCGACGCUCUGCACUCUAUGAUGACUAAGUGUUGUGGCGUUAAUUGGGUUCUUCUUGUCUUCACACCGCAGAAAGUGCAAAGUGAUGUUCUUCGUUGUUUAUUCCAGUGGGAGGACAUCGAACUCAUCCUCGGGACCUGGAAACAGGUGGACAGGCCAUCGAAUGACAUCACGAGGUAUGGCAAUAUCGCUACGGCGAGUCGAGACAUGAUGGUCAUUGUCCUGCACGCAGAGGGAGGGGAUCUCAGAAAGGUCACGGUCGCACCCCGCCUUGUCAAUGACCUCACAAACGUGCAUGUUGUGGAGGACAAGUUUGGAAAGUGUCUGGGGAAACACGGUGGCAUAGAGGGCGAUGAAAGUGUGGUGUAUUCCAUCUGGGAGCGAGAGCCUGACAAGUUGCGUUCGUUGUGUGGGUCGUUCGUCGGGGAGGCGGAAGGUGUGCUUUUAUUGGGUAGGGCGCACACGGGUCUUGUGUGGGAAUGCUUACUGGCAGGGAAUAAUGUCAUUGUCUGUGAUGAGUCGGCAAAGGACAUUACAAAGUCCAUCGAUAUACUUGUCAAGGACGACAGAUUCAACUACCACGUCGAGAAACCGCGUUGCAAACAUCGCCCGAACAGGGACAUGUUCCACAAGUUGGGGCCUAAAAGACUGAAGGUGUGGGAGUACCUGUUCUGCGAUAUGCCACAAGGACGGCUUGAUGGGAAAUAUAUAUAUAGGAAAGCAAAGGCAACAGAGACCCUCAAACAUUAUCACGGUGCUCUCACUGGCGCCUUUGAGACUUUUGUUGCUCGAUGCGAGAUCCUCAAGUUCGAUCUUCGCAGAGACCAAUUGACGUCCAAGGACUACGCGGAGCUCGGGAAAUCGGGCGAUGGCUUUAACCCUGUCGACAGCGAGGAAGAUUCUUCGGACUCCGACCUCGAACUGGGGGAGGACACAUGUGCUGAGGUUCCGCGUGGAGGAAUGGUGCAAGCUCAUGAUGACGGAACUGUCCAUUCGCACGAAGGGUCCAUCCCGGUGGCCGCCCCAAGCGUCGCCUCAAUGGUGGCCCCGUCGGAGACUGCUGCAUUGCAAGACAUUGGAAGAUGCGGUGGCAAUGAAGAAGACGACAUUGAGGUACCAGGCGAGGCGUCGACGCUCGCACCAGGCGAUGCAAUUCCUCCAGGCUACUGUGCUGACCCGAACACGAUUUAUUUCUUGGAGGGCAAACACACCCACACAGGCGAGGAUCAAUGGGGCCAUGACAUCAUAUGGCAUGAGGGCGUUUUACAGCCAUGCAUCCAAGAUGGGGAGUGGAAGAUGGCGGUGAAAUACACAAGCGGUUGGAAGACUUUUCACCGGAUGUCAAAGGACAUCUGGUUGAAAACGACGGAGCUCGCGAUCCUGCAUCGCGUGCGCGUCGAGAAUCCAGGGCAGAGCGAGGCCGCCAUCAAAGCCAAGGCCGAAGAAUUGUUUCAUGUCUUGCGCGACAAUCGGCAACUGGAGUACAACAACAAAUUUUAUGCCUUGCGCUCGAGUGGACCAGGAGAAGCGGGAGGAGCACGAGGACGAGCGGGAGAAGGAGCGGGAGAAGGAGCGGGGGAAAGAGCAGGGGAAGCAUCGGGAGAAGGAGAAGCAGCAGGAGGGAGAGCGGGUGAAGGAGAGGGAGGAGGAGAGGCAGGAGCAGCAGGAGAACGAGCGGGAGCGGGGCUAUGGCGGGAUCUUUGUCACGUUGUUUGGCGGAGGAGGAGCGGGAGGGGGAGGAGGAGGAUUGGGAGGAGCAGGAGAAGGAGCGGGAGGAGGAGUGGGAGAAGGAGCGGGGCUAUGGCGCGGGAAGAGGAGUGGGAGAAGGAGGGGGAGGAGGAACGGGGGGGAAAGGAGGAGAAGCAGCGGGAGGAGCAGCAAGAGGGGGAGCGGGAGAAGGAGAGGGAGGAGGAGAGGGAGGAGGAGAAGGAGAAGGAGUGGGAGCAGGUCACAUUGUUUGGUGGAGGAGGAGCGGGAGGAGGAGCGGGAGGAGGAGUGGGAGAAGGAGGGGGAGAAGGAGGGGGAGGGGAGUCGGGAUGGGGUUGCAUCUCACAGUCCCUUACUCCAUACUCUCCUUCUCAUUUUGCACAUUUGAAGGCUGCUCAGUUCAUGCACACAUGAAACUGUUGAAGUGGCCCUGCCUGGGCGCGUGUGUGUGUGUGUGUCACACACACAGACACACACAGAGAGAGAGAGAGAGAGAGAGAGAGAGAGAGAGAGAGAGAGAGAGAGAGAGAGAGAGAGAGAGUUUUCCAGCCAUGCACGCCCGACCAACCGGAUCUUUGUUGGGCCUGCCCAAGUUACUGGAUAUUCAUUGACGGGUACUACUCGCUGUCUGCCCUAGGUUCUACUGUAGUCUGUCCCGUCCCAAUUUCAGUUUUGCCCCUCCCAUGAACACAGAAAACCCAGAACAAGCACACGGUUACUAUAACGCAUAGCCAUCAUCGCACGGGGACUUUAAAAAACACAUGCACGGACACAGCAAACUCACACAGGUCACGAGAAUCUCAGCAAUUCAGUUCGUCAAGCAGAUAUCUCAGACUGAUUCUCUGCGGGUCAUUGCAGAAGAUACAAACGUCCCCUGUGCUGUGACACUGGAGGGAGGUCGUUGCGCCAUAAACGGCGGACAGAGCUACAUGCACAUACUCUCAACAUACACUCCUCAAAAACAACAAGAUGCGGAUGCCCAUUUGGAACCGUCGGGCAGGGAAGUUUUCACGCAAAAACAUGGCAAACAAUCGAUGUGGCAAAGCAGUGAAAAAGAAAAGAAAAUGAAAAGCUAACUUCUGG